AUGAAUGUUUCAAAAUGUAGUUACUGUUAGAAAGUGCCUGAUGACAUAUUAAUGUUGACCUGUAAUCAUGAUCUUUGUUUGGAUUGUGCUGCCAAAUCUUUUUCAAUUCAAUAGACAAAAAAGCACAAAAAAGUAUACUAGUUUGAAAAUAAUAUAAAGUUUUUUGUAUGUGACAUCUGCUAGGGGAACACUGAGUUAGAUUCUAAUAGCAUUUAUGAAUUAGAGAAAAUAAAUCUAGCAUCUGCAUUACACGAUCGAUCUAAUAGAAAACCUGCUCUAGUCUAAAAAGCGAAUAUAAGUUCUGAGAAAUAAGUGAAAUCAAGAUCCUAAACUCGAUAAGAUAAUAAGGAGAAUCAAAAAGAAAAGACAAUUAAAUUUGCAAUUUAGAAUCCAGAAGCAAAAUCAUCAGUUCAUUAGUCAUAACGUCAAAUGAGCAAACAAUAAAGUGAAAAUUCAUUUAUCCAACACUCAAGAGAGCAAUGUCUCGACCAUCCAGAAGAGGAGGUUUCCUAUUUUUGCUUUGAUUGCAAUAGUAAAUGUAUAUGUCCUGAAUGUAUAAUUCAUGGAAUCCAUAAGAACCAUGAAGUUAAAACAAUCAAAAAGUCAUAUCCUUUGGUUAGAAAGUAAUUGGAAAAUUAAGUCGAAUAAAAUAACCAAUGUAUAACUUAGAUUGAGAACUACAGAUAAGAUUUAGAAAAAAAGCAAGUUCAAUAAUCUGCAAUUUAAGAACACAUGAGACUUCAAAUAGCCUAAGAAUUUCAAGUAAUUUUUUUGAGUUACAAAUAGCAAACAAAACGAAUUAUUAGAAAAAAUUGGCAAUCUUCCUUCGAUAAUAGAUUAAUAAGAAAAUUAUGUUAAUAGAUUGACUGA